AUGGACACAGACGCUCUUCAAGAGCAAUUCCGUGCUCAUUGGGAAAGCAGCACCGCAGACGAAGAUGUCACACUGUAUGGGUUCAGCCGCUUCAGAACGAUUCACUUGCUGAACCUUCGGUUUCUCGAAGGUGAGAUAUCUGAACUCAAUCGUCUAGUUUACCAGGCAGGAAAAAGUCUGUCCAAAGUUCCGCCCUCACGUGCACGACUUGGUAUAGAUUCUAGAUGGAGCGACGCGUCACCAGAACCAUCCAAGAUCAUAAAUCAAGAACUGGUCACUAAGGUUCGCGACUUGCUGAGGCAAUACGGAGCUCAUGAAAAUACAGAUGAGGCACUUGUUGCAUUUCACAACAUCAUGGGUAUGGAAACAUCAUAUUUGAUCGAUGACGAGCAACGCGCAAGUCUAAGAAAGGAUCGAACGGCCGACGAAAUGUACCACACCCGCCUUCUCAGAGUAGACCUAGGGCAGCGCCUGCGGAAAGACCCCAUGGAACGUUUCGUGCGGCGGUGCUUAUAUCACUUACGGUACCGACAACUCUCCAGAUGGUGGGCAACGGAUAUCGAAAGCGGCGAGAACACUCGCAUGUCUGGCAAGAAAGCCUGCCAAAAUACCGUCCUGGUCGCCGAGGUGAUUUCUCGAUUCUUCAUGACCGGGUUGGUCGGAAUCUUCGUGGUGAUCCCCUUGGCGAUACUUUCAUACCAAAACAGUAAAGAAGUGCAGCUGGGAGUCAUAUCAGCAUGUGUUGUGACAUUCUCAUGUCUGGUGUCUGCGUUUCUAAAAGUCAGCAGCGUGGAGAUGAUGAUGGUGACAACUGCUUAUGGCGCAAUUCUCACUGUUUUCAUGUCAAAUGUAUGA